AUGCAAACCACCACCCUUCUGCUCACUACGCUCUUCGCGCUUCCCUACGUCACUGCCCUCGCGGUUCCCGUUGCCAAUACUGGCGCUCAACUCGGAAUCCGCGCUGCCGAGCCCAAGGCUCUCCCCGUGCCCGACACUAACCCCGUCACCAUCGUUGAUGUCGACGCUGACACAGACGCCGAUACCGACGGUAAGAAGGAUAAGCCCAAGCCUAAGUUGUCUCCCAAGAAGGGCAAAGGCAGAGGAAAGGGCAAGCUUCCUCCUAAAGGGAAGGGGAAGAAGACUCUUACUCCGCCUCUGCCGAAGAGGGGGAAAGAUGAGAAACUGGAGAAUGUGGAGUUAACUAGGGCUGAGCAUGCUGAGUGA